AUGGCUCCAAAGAUCUCCUCUAGAAUGGAAAGAAUACGUUUUGAUGGAACUGUAAUCCAAGAAAUACCCUUCAUUGAGUCUCCAUCAAGACUACUCGUAUUGGAUCUUAAAAAUUGUUAUAGGCUUGUGAGUCUUCCGAGCACCAUAUUUAAGUUGAUGUCUCUUACAGUUCUUUAUCUAUCAGGUUGUUCAAAACUUACUAAAUUGCCUGACAGCUUGGGAAGUUUAGAAGGUUUGAUGGAAAUCGAAGCUAAUGAUAUUGCCAUUAAAGAAGUACCAUCAUCAGUAGUAAAGUUGAUAAAACUUCAUAGUUUAUCCUUGCGGCGAUGUAAGGGUCAAGAGCCGGUGGGUUUUAGAUUACCAGCAAUUUUAUCUGGCUUGGGCUCUUCGUCGAUUUUAGAUGUAUCUGAUUCUGAAAUCAUCAAGUUGCCAAACAAUUUAGGCAUAUUAUCCAGUCUAUAUCCAUUAAAUCUAAGUGGAAACAAUUUUGAGAGCAUCCCAACAACUACAAGUAUCAAGAAACUUUCGAAAUUGGAAUUUUUGGAUGUAAGCUUUCGCGAGAAGCUUAAAUCUCUACCAGAGCUACUACAGCUUCCACAUGUCAGAGCGCAGAAUUCCAAAUCAUUGAAGGCAUUAUCAGAUUUAUCAUUUAUAUCGUCAGUUCCUUUAUACCUUGAAAAUGAUCCAGAAGCAAUUGUUCAUCAUGUUACUAUUAGACCUAAUGCUAUGAGAGUUUGGAUUGAUAUAGCCAAGGUACCUAAUGAAUUUUUGUGGAGGCUUGCAUCUGGAAUGAUUUCUAUUGAAGAUGUUGUGGGUAGUACAGUUGCUUGGCCCGCCGACAAAGUUGUCCUAGCUUUUCCAAAACAAUUUUAG